CCGGUUAUCCGUUUCGUUGCUUGUUUUGGCCCGAGCGCUGCUGGUUCCAGGUAAUGAGAGGUCGGUGUGUUCAAGGCUGCCUGCUAGCUGCAUGUUACGCCUGCCUUGGGAGUUUACGCCCUGACUGGAGCAGGUGUUCAACGUCAAAAAUAAGAUGGUAACUUACAAGAUGUUUGUUACUUACACGAAACACUUCUGCAGCCUUGUGACGUUCCACGCCUUUGCGUUCACUUACCUUGUGCCAGUGGAAGCAGAUAUUCAGGCAUAUUCCUCAGACAAUGUAACCAGAACCUUUGAGGACCUACCAGCGAGGUUUGGCUAUAGACUUCCUAGUGAUGGACUGAAGGGAUUGUUGGUGACUUCUAAGCCGGAAAAUGCAUGUGAACCCAUAUCUCCUCCUCCUCCGCUGCUCAGAGACAACUCAUCAAGCAUUUACAUCGUUCUAAUCCGGAGACUGGAUUGUAACUUUGAUUUAAAGGUGUUGAAUGCACAGAAGGCUGGGUACAAGGCCGCAAUCGUAUACAAUGUGGAGUCUGAUGACCUUAUCAGUAUGGGAUCCAAUGAUGUGGACAUUUUGAAGAAGAUUGAUAUUCCGUCCGUGUUUAUCGGGGAGUCUUCGGCUCGUGCUCUUAAGGAAGAGUUCACCUGGGAUAAAGGUGCCCAUAUUAUUCUAAUACCUGAAAUCACACUGCCACUGGAGUACUACUUAAUACCAUUCCUUAUUAUAGUGGGGAUCUGUUUAGUUCUUAUUGUCAUUUUUAUGAUCACUAAAUUUGUGCAAGACCGACACAGAGCAAGGAGGAACAGACUGCGUAAAGAUCAACUCAAAAAGCUUCCCAUACAUAAGUUUAAGAAAGGAGAUGAAUAUGACGUGUGUGCCGUGUGUUUGGAUGAGUAUGAAGAAGGAGAUAAGCUCAGGGUCCUACCCUGCUCACACGCCUAUCACUGCAAAUGUGUUGAUCCAUGGCUGACCAAGACAAAGAAGACUUGUCCUGUUUGCAAGCAGAAGGUGGUCCCUUCACAAGGAGAUUCAGAGUCUGAUUCAGAUGGGAGCCAAGAAGACAAUGAUGUCUCUGAAAAUACACCGUUGCUGAGACCCAUGGCAUCUGCAAGUACUCAGUCAUUUGGGGCCAUUUCAGAGUCGCAUUCACAGCAAAAUGUAGUAGAGUCUUCUGACGAGGAUGAUGACGACGAUGGUGAAGAUGAUGCAGAUGACAGUGACAGCAGUGACGAGGAUCCAAACACAGAAAGUGUAGUCGUUCAGCUGCAACAUAACAUGGAAAGGGAGUUGCGAGAACCGAACACUGUUUAAACAUGCCUCCCUUGAAUGUGUCAGGAAAAAACCCCAGACAUGGCUGUUUGCUUAUUAUAGUAGUGGCCACGUGACAAUAGACAAGUUAUUUAGGUCUACAUAUUUCCCUUCCCCCUCUAGAAAGCUACAGAUUAGCAUUGGACUUCUGGCUCCACACAAUAAACUGCUAUUAAGCCAAGUGUAUUGAAUAUGUAAGUCUGUGAACUACACGGUAACAGCUGGAUGAGUACUUGGCCACUUUCUUUAGACACUUCGCAAAGCAUGGGCAAAUGACGUGCAGUACUCGCAUGGGGCGUCCUGUCACACCCUGAUAUCUCAUGGGCUUCGUAAGCACCACUCAGACACCUGACUUUCUAUACAUCGCUAUGCACACAGGGCUUAUGUUACUAUGGCUUUAAAUAAUAUAUAUAUAUUCAGAAAGUAUAAUAAGCUUUAUCGAUCAUCCUUGUUUCGUAGUAGGCUACAGAUAACACUGAAAUUGUCUUACUGAAAUUGCAGCCCAGAGAAGCCAUACCUGUGCAUGUAAUGCAAACUGAAGGGUGCAAUAUAGGUAACUAACACGCAAACUAGUUAAAAAAACAAAAACAAAUCCAAGAAUAGCAUUUAAUGGUCAUUUUUAUGUAUUUGUUGAAGCAGUCUAAUGAUGUAUAUAGUACAAGGGAAAUAGAUUGAAUUACUUCCAGGAGUGGCGGAGCGGGGGAUGAAUUGUUUCUCUCUCUAGCGCUCCAGGAGGUAAGUGAAAUUAAACAAAGUAUUUUCUUCAGAUUCUUAACGUACCUCUCUGGUAGAGAGUAUAAUACUUUUUUUUUCAACUUUGUACAGAUUCUCUGGAUAUAUGCAAUAUGGAGGGUAGUAAACAUGUACUUAUCAACUGUAUUACGAAAAGAUGCACUUAUGCUACCAAUGUAGGAAUUCGUGAUACUUAUGUAAAGUUCAUAUACUUUUUAUAUCACAUUAAGAGUGAGUACUAGAAUAAAAUGUGGUUUUUCACAUGAAUCAAGGUUUCUUUUUCCUCAA